AUGGCACCACCAAUUACUGUAGCAAAUUGGAUGCGAGCACCCCGAAUAUCUAAAAAUUGCUCUCCAGGACUUGAGUAUUUAACAACGAUCGAUCUUCUAUUAAUGCAUCAAAAGAUUGAAUUAGGCGAGGUUUUAACUGGUUUUGAAACGUGUAAUAAAUAUGCCAUAUUUAAUUCGUUAGGACAACAAUUAUAUGACGUAGAAGAAGAAACUGAUUUUUGUACACGUUUAUGUUUUGGUAGUUCCCGAUCAUUUAAAAUGCGAAUAUUGGAUAAUUCUCGUAAAGUGGUGAUGCGUUUAAAUCGCCCCUUUGCAUGGUGCCUUGCUCGUCUUGAAGUAUUAUUCCCAAACGAUACUGUUAUCGGGAGUGUUCAAGAGAAUUGUACCCUAUGUGUUCCGUCGUUCUCAGUGAAUAAUCCAGCUGGAGUGACUGUAGCAAAAAUUGAAGGACCAAUGUGUACAUUCUCUUGUUGUGGUGAUGUAAAAUUUAAAGUGAUGUCUGCUGAUGGUUCCAGACAAAUUGGCGAAAUAAAUAAACAAUGGUCUGGUCUAAUGCAAGAACUUUUCACUGAUGCAGAUAAUUUUGGUAUUAAAUUCCCAUUGGAUCUGGAUGUGAAUACUAAAGCCACUUUAUUGGGUGCUUGCAUCUUAAUUGAUAUGAUUUACUUUGAAGAUUAG